AAGAGACCACCGAAAAUAUUUGCUGUCAUCAGAGAAACGGAAGAGAAAAGACAACUGUUUUGACUGUUGUUCGUUGAUGACUUGGCCUGUGAUUGGUUUAGAGAAAGGUCUCAAUGAAAGGUGACUGGCUCAAAUGCUCUUGGGGAUCCACCUGAGGUUAGGGAGCUGCUGUCAUGGUGAUGAGCUUCACCUACCCAGGUGGAGGCCUACACGAAAGCAGAAUGGAGAGGGAGCUGAAGGGGGAAAAGGAGAAGACAAGCCAAAAGAACCCAAAAUGAACUGGAGAGAUUGGAGACACUGGAUAGUGAAUCCGUCUGAAGAGUUCUACUAUGUCUGGCUGCAGGUCAUGACCUUCCCCAUCUUCUACAACUGGGUCAUCAUCAUCUGCAGGGCCUGUUUCUACUCCAUAGAUGAGAACUUCCUGGCUGUCUGGCUGACUCUCGACUACAUCUCUGACCUGUUCUACAUGACCGACAUGGCAGUGAGAGGACGCACAGCUUUCCUGGAGCAGGGCAUCCUGGUGCACGAGGUGUCCCGCCUGCGCUCCAAAUACCUGCUCUCGCGCAGUUUUCUGUUGGACCUGGCCUCCAUGCUGCCCACCGACCUGCUUUACCUGCACCUGGGCGUUCACAUGCCCCUUGUCCGGCUGAACCGCCUUCUCCGCACGAGCCGCCUCUCCGAGGCGCUGGACCGCAUGGAGACACGCACGGCCUACCCCAACACGUUCCGCAUCGCCAAGCUCAUGCUCUACAUAUUCGUGCUCAUCCACUGGAACGCGUGCCUGUACUUUGCGCUGUCGCGCUACAUGGGCUUCGGCUCCGACAGCUGGGUCUACCCCAACAUGUCGGAGCCGGGCUUUGCCUCGAUGCAGCGCCAGUACAUCCACUGCUUCUGGUUCUCGGCGCAGAUCUUCACCACGGUGGGCGACACGCCUCUGCCGCUCCGCGAGGAGGAGUACCUCUUCAUGAUCGCCGACCUGCUUAUCGCCGUGCUGGUGUUCGCCUCGAUCGUGGGCAACGUGGGGAACGUCAUCGUGAGCCUGCGCAGCAGGGACAACGUCUUCUUCCCCAACCACGAGCUCGUCAAGAGCUACCUGCACAGCAGGCACAUCAGCAAGGACCUGCGCCACCGCGUCAACAGCUGGUACCAGCAUCUGCACAUCAACAAGAAGAUCACACGUGAGAACGAGAUCCUGCAGCUGCUGCCUGCUUCCCUCCGCACGGAUAUCGCUGUGAGCGUCCACCUGCCCACGAUGUCCAAGGUCAGCAUCUUCCAGAACUGUGAGACCAGCCUGCUGGAGGAGCUGGUGCUCAAACUCACCCCACAGGUGUACAGCCCAGGUGAGUAUGUCUGUAAGAAGGGCGAUGUGGGUCACGAGAUGUACAUCAUCAAGGAGGGGAAGUUGGCCGUGGUGGCGGACGACGGGGUCACCCAGUACGCCGUGCUCGGGGAUGGGCAGUUUUUCGGAGAGAUCAGUAUCCUCAACAUCAAAGGGAACAAAUCUGGCAACCGGCGGACAGCAAACAUCCGCAGCAUCGGUCACUCAGACCUGUUCAGCCUGUCCAAGGAGGACCUGACAGCCACCCUGUCCGAGUUCCCUGCCGCCAAGCGCCACCUAGAGGAGAAGGGCCGUCAGAUCCUCACCAAGAUGGGCAUUCUGGAGGAGACUGCUGACGACGGCAGUCAACAGGAGCGGAUGGAGACCAGGGUGGAGCAUCUGGAGCGGACGCUGGACACACUGCGCACUAAGCUGGCUCGGCUGAUGAUGGAGCUGGAGUCCAGCACGCUGAAGUUGAAGACGCGGGUGGAGCAGCUGGAGCUGCAGACUGAGGGCUGGGGAGGGGUAGUGGCAGAGGGCGGAGAGGAGGAGGAGGUGAAGGAGGAGGAGGUGAAGGAGGGGGAGGUGGGGUUUAAAGUAUGGGGGAGAUUGUGGAGAGGAAGAGGUGGCAGAGAGAGGGAGAGGGAGGGAGGAGAUGGGGAAGGAGGAGAGGAGGGGGAGGGGGAGAGAGGAGAGGGAGAUGGAGGAGAUGGGAUGGUGGAUGAAGGGGAGAAGGACGGGAAAGAGGAGGAGAUGGGUGGAGGGGAGAAGAUGGACGUGGAGAGAGGAGAGGAGAAGGAGGAGGUGACCGCUCAGGAUGAGGAGGAGAAAUCAGGUGAAAAGGAAAGAUGGAGAGUAGUGAGGCAAAUCAAUAAAGGGUCUCUUGUGAGUGAUGGUGUCAAUGAAUUUUCCUGGCUGCAAUGAAUCUAAUCACCAAAUAAACUGACAUGACUGAAAAUGUUUGUACAUAGUCCACACAUUAACAGUAGCAAUUGUAUGGAAAUUGUAUGUGUUCAUUGUAUUGUAGCCUACUAAAUAUUUGUUUUUCACACUGUAUAACAAGAUAUUCAAAUAAAUUGAAAUGUAUUUAGUAUUCA